UCCUACGGCGUGAGAGGGGGCUUGGAAGUAGCUUGCAAUGCGAGUCACUUCAAACGUCUCUCUAUUGCGCCGAGAUACUGUGGCUAUAGUGAAUGGUAGUUAAACUCUGAUUAUACAGCUUACAAAGUGAUAUUUUGUCGUCAUGUUUUACAGCUUUUAAAUGUAUGGACGGCGACACCUGCAUUGUUUCUUGGAAGUUUCGCUAACCGCAAACAGUUAGGCUGCAUUCCGUCAAACCGCAACGCUGUGGUCGGACCGCUCUCUACCUGCUCCUGCGCGUUACUUACCAAAGUAAUCUCUCUCCCGACCUCAAUUUGCCGUUUUUUCUGGUUUGACUGAAUCGUAAGGAAAUUCAUGAUGGUUUUUAAGAAUUGCUCUGAUUUAAAUUAAGAUCAAACUGCAUUUUACUCCUUUGGAUUGAAUGCUCUAUGCAGUGAAAAUGACUUUACGGUGGAUCUUGUUAGCCGCUUUGGCUGGAAUCAUCACCAUCACUCCGGGAACACAAGGAGCUUGUGUCCACCAGGGAUCCCAGUACAAGAACGACUCAACAUGGAGACCUCAGUCCUGCGAGGAGUGCAGCUGCUAUGGAGACGUGGCCGUGUGCACGCCAGCCCGCUGCCCGAACCCCCAGUGUGACUUCAAACGGGGAGAGAAGCUGCGCAUCCCUCCCAGCCGCUGCUGUCCGGAGUGCCUGGCCCCGUCCUCUGAGGCGUGUCAGCAUGAAGGAGCUCUUUAUGGGGAUGGCAGCCAGUGGAGUGUCUCCCCGUGCUCUGUGUGUGUGUGCUCCCUGGGCAGGGUGUCCUGUUCGCCACCCCCCUGCCCCCCUCUCAGCUGCCCAGCCGGCCAGAGCCCCUUUACUCCUGCUGGAGAAUGCUGCCCCAAGUGUGCCUCGCAUGGAGCGUCCUGCUCCUGGGAGGGGGGGGACUACAGGUCAGGAGAGGAGUGGUUGGUGGGGCCCUGCUCUCGCUGUGUCUGCAGAGACGGACAGGCAGAAUGCUCCACUGCAGAGUGUCAGCCUGUCGUCUGCUCUCUGCAGGAGAACCUGGUGAUCCAGCCAGGGAGCUGCUGUCCCCAAUGUGAGGCCAACCCCUGCCUGUCUGCUGGGACACAGUACCAGCACGGUGAACAUUGGCAGAAGAACAGCUGUACGACGUGUGUGUGUGAGCGUGGCCAGUCUCACUGUCACACUCUCUCCUGCCCUCCCGUCACCUGUGAGAAGGGCCAGACCAAGGUGAAGAGGGCGGGCCGUUGCUGUGAUGAGUGUGCCGUCGCCAAGGGAAGCUGUCUGUACGAAGGCGUGGUCCGUUACCACGGUGACAUGUGGAAGGGGGCGGGAUGUGAGUUCUGCUCGUGUGAGCGCGGGCAGGUUCUCUGCCAGCAGGCCCAGUGCGCUCAGGUGACCUGUCCACAGGGAGAAGUUGUGGUGCAGGUUCCAGGGCAGUGCUGCCCAGAGUGCUCCUCCAGCUCUGGGUUCUGCGGACGACCUCAGGAGGAGCAGCGGUCCAGACUCCCCGAGCUCUUAGCGGGCUCAGAGCGGUGGAGUGACGGGCCUUGUAGGGAGUGUGAGUGUCGAGAGGGCAGGGUCACCUGCUACCGGCCCUCCUGCCCCUCCUGCCCCCCCGGCACCCUGACCGUCUCCAGAGAGGGGCGGUGCUGCCCCGAGUGUAGCCAUGAGCGGUGUCAUGAGGACUGCCUGGUGUGCUCAGGGAGUCCAGAGCAGUGUGAAGUGUGUCGGGACUCCUCAGCCCUGCUGCUGCAGGGGCGCUGCCUCCUCUCCUGCCCCCCCCGCUACCACUCCCUGGGCAGGGGCAGGGGCUGUGCAGCCUGCCAGUCUUCCUGUGCCACCUGUGAGAGCAGCACUGAGUGCAGCAGCUGUGAGGGCUCGUCUGUGUUGAGCAGUGGGCAGUGUGUGAGCACCUGUGAGCCGGGCCUGUUCCAGGACCACACACGAUGCCUGCGUUGUCAUGAGUCCUGUUCAGAGUGUGUGGGGCCGGGUCCAGAGGAGUGUGUGACCUGCUCCUCCCCAGCCCUCCUGCUGAGAGAGGGGGUGUGUGUCUCCGACUGUGGACCAGGCUUCUACAUGCAGAGAGGCAUCUGCUACGCGUGCGACCCCUCCUGCGCCUCCUGUUACCCUGACAACCCCAAAUGCGUGAGCUGCCCCCCGGGGUUUGCCUUGCAUCAUGCAAAAUGUAUCUCCGACUGUCCUGAAGGGCAUUACCUUGAAAGUGACAGCAGGUGUAGAGCUUGUCCAGGUCCCUGCUCCUCCUGCUCUGGACCUGGGGGGUCCCAGUGCACGCGCUGCCCACACGGACGCUCCCUCAGUGGGGGCCGCUGUGUGGAGGCCUGCGGAGAGGGGCUGUAUCCUCAGGACGGGGCCUGCCACAGCUGCCAUGUGUCCUGCCGGGUGUGUCUGGGUCCCGGCCCGUCUGGCUGUCUGGCCUGCAGGAAGCCAGAGGAGGCUCUGCUGCCCCAGGAUUCUGCUGGUGGGGGGGGGGUGUGUGUGUCAGGGUGCACCGCACGCCACUACCUUGACGCCUCACACACCUGCCAAGAAUGUCACACUUCCUGUCUUCAGUGCACGGGAGGAAGUGCCCACAACUGUACUUCCUGCUCUGCACCCUUCCUCCUCCACGAUGACCAGUGUGUCUCUGGGUGCCCCCAAGGCUUUCACGUCCAGGACAACACCUGUCGAGCGUGCCACCCCUCCUGCCCGUCCUGCUCCGGGCCCUCGCAGGCUGACUGCCAGGCCUGCGCUCCCCAGAGUUCCCUCUACAGUGGAUACUGCAGGACGCACUGCCCCGAGGGACACUACCUCGGCCCUGCUGGGUCCUGUCACGCCUGCAGUGAGGGCUGCCAGCGCUGCACAGCCGACCUCCAGACCAGGGUGGGCAGUGUGUGUCUGUGGUGCCAGGUGCCAAGGACCCUGUUGCUGGGCGACCACUGUGUCUCCACCUGCCCCCCAGGGCGCUACGUCUGGCACGGAGCCUGCCGGAGAUGCCAUCCUUCCUGUGAGGCCUGCAGCGGGGAGGGGCCUCUGUCCUGCACUUCCUGUCCCGCCCCCAUGGUCCUCCUGCCCUCUGGGCUCUGCUCUGCCAGCUGUCCCAGGGGUUACUAUGCCAACGGAGACAGAGUCUGCAAUGCGUGUGACCCCCCGUGCCUGAGCUGUGAGGCUGCGGGGGCGUGCCGGUCCUGCAGGGAUCCAUCCCAGGUGCUGCUGUUUGGGGAGUGUCAGGACAGCUGUGCCCAGCAGUACUACCUCAACACCACCACCAGAGCCUGCACAGAGUGUGACUGGAGCUGUAACUCCUGCAGAGGUCCCCUGGUGUCAGACUGUGUGCAGUGUAUGGAGGGGCUGGUUCUGCAGGAGGGAAUGUGUUCCCAGGCCUGCUCUCCCGGGUUCUACCAGCACGGGGACACCUGCCUGCGCUGUGAGGAGGACUGUGAGCAGUGUGACAGUCCAGGUGUCUGUGAGCGCUGCCGGACCCCUCUUAUGCUGCGUCUGCGCCGCUGUGUGGAACACUGUGGCAGGGCCUUCUUCCUGGAUGCUUCCAUGCAACUUUGCACACCCUGCGCCAAGGACUGUGUGGAGUGUGAGGGGGAGGGGCUCUGCAAGGUGUGUCGUUACCAUACCUACCUGAGAGACGGACGCUGCGUCCCUGACUGCGGACGCGGUUACUAUGCCGACAAGAAGACCAUGACCUGCUAUGGUAACACCCACGCCCCCACCCUCCGUGUGAAUGGCACCCUGCUGGUGCCCCUUGAGGGGAUGGUGCCCCUGCCCCCCUCCCUGCUGUCUACCCAGGGCCCCCCCGGGCCCCUGUUCCUCCAGCUGCUGCAGCCCCCCAGCAGCGGGCGCCUGGUGCUGGUGGAGGGGGGCGGGGAAGGGGGCGGGGAGCGUCUGCUGGCGCAGGACGACAGUUUCUCCUGGGACCAGCUGCAGGGCGGGGCGGUGCGCUUCAGCCAGGACAAGGACAAGCCCAGGAGUGGGGAGUUCACCCUUCGUUUUGCAGAUCUCCAGCCCUCCUCCUCGGCUCAGACUGUCCAUGUGCAGGCAGUCUCCAUGCAGCCUCCCCAGGUCCUGUCCUUGCGCCCCCUGGAGGUGGGGGUGGGCCAGGCGGCUGUGUUGUCCCAGGCCGUGCUGCAGGUGCAGGACCCUGACAAUCCCCAGGAUGUCCUGGUGAUGGUGCUCACCCCUCCCCGCCACGGACGCAUCAGCCGUCUCCACGGCGAGCGUCUCCACGGCGAGCGUCUCCGCGGCGAGCGUCUCCGCGGCGAGCGUCUCCGCGGCGAGCGUCUCCACGGCGAGCGUCUCCACGGCGAGCAUCCCCUGGGCCGCUUCAGGCUGGAGGAUCUGAGCAGAGAGCGCCUGCAGUACGUCCACCAGGGCUCUCAGCCCGGCAACGACUCAGCUCUGCUGCAGGUCAACGACGGACACAACUACCUCAACAUCCUGCUGCUGGUGGACAUCACCCAGAAGGCUGCACCCCCUCCUCGGCUGGUGUCGCUGCCCCAGGCGUGGGUGCGUGCGGGGGGCCAGGUGCGUCUGGGCAGCAGGUACCUGCGGGCAGAGAGCCAGGGAGCAGGACAGCAGGACAUCCUGUACAGCAUCGUGUCUCCCGGCGGCAGCCCCUCCUACGGUGAGGUGGUGCUGGUGCCUGUCCCCUCUGACGCUCCUGUGGAGGGGUGGCAGCCCUCGGCGGAGGACAGCACCUCCACCCCCACCAGCUCCUUCACCCAGCAGGACGUGAACGAGGGCCGGGUGUGGUACCGCCACCACGGCCCCGGGCCCCGCCCAGACACCUUCCUGUUCCAGGUGUCCACCGAGGGCUCUCCAGACUCUCUGAGCGACGCCCAGUCCUUCACGGUGAGCGUCCUGGCUCAGACCCCUGGACACCCUCAGCUGGCCCCCAGCUGUGACCUGCAGAUCACGGCCCUGGAGGACCAUGUGACCGUGAUCACUCCAGCAGCUCUGUCCUUUCUGGACACUGACUCUCCUAGUGAGAAGCUGCUCUACAACAUUACCAAGCCCCUGACCCCCAGCCACGGUGUGGUGGAGCACAGAGACAAACCCUACAGAGCAGUGCGAUCCUUCAGCCAGGAGGACAUCAAUCAGGGCAGGAUCCAGUACCGCCCUCCCCCAGCCCCCGCCCACCUCCAGGAGCUCUACCAGUACUCCUUCAUAGGUCUCCCAGAGUCCCUGAAUGUCUAUUUCACAGUGUCUGAUGGGGACCACACCAGUCCAGAGCUGGACUUCUCCAUCCACCUGCUGGCCAAUCACCAGCAGCCUCCUGUGUUCCUGAUCCUGGACCCCCUGCUGGAGGUUAGCCCUGGGGGCACAGCAGCCCUCGGAGGACAGCAGCUGGCUGUAUCAGAUGCAGAUACGUCUCCAGAUGAGCUGCAGUUUGAGCUGGUCGAGGCUCCACUCUACGGGACCCUGUUCAACACACACCUGCACACAGAGAUGGGGAGUGGUGACACCUUCUCCUUCAGUGACGUGACCCGGGGAGUCCUGCAGUAUCGCCAUGCCGGCCGCUCCCACGACGACGACACCAUCACCGUCUCUGUAAGCGAUGGUGUGUCCAUGGUGACGGGCGUGGUGCAGGUGCUGGUGCAGGGGGGAGGGGGGGGCGGGCCGAGGAGAGACCCCCACGCCCGACUGAGUCUGGAGGUGGAGGAGAAGAGCAGCACCGUCAUCACCCCCACACACUUGGCUUACACCGACGACAGCUCGUCGUCUGAGCAGGUCUGGGUGCAGCUGGUGUCGGUGCCCAUGUAUGGCCUGCUGACCCUCCUGCUGAGGGGCUCCCCCCAGGAGCUGACAGACUCCUCCAGCUUCACCAUGCAGGACAUCCAGCUGCAACGCAUCCGGUACGUCACCUCCUUCGACACAGGGAACCAGCCAGUCACAGACAUCUUCCACUUUGUGGUGUUCGACGCAGACAAAAAUCGCCUGGACAACCAGAUGUUCACCAUUACUAUCACUUCCAAGCCCAGCCAGCCACCUGUGGUCACAGUACGCAGCGGCAUGAAGGUCCAGGAAGGGGGGAGGGUUCAGCUGUCCACCAAUCACAUCCUGGUGUCCGAUGUGGACACACCCAGGAGUGAGCUGCUGGUGUGGAUGGUCAGUCCUCCCAAGUACGGCCACAUCGAGACCACACAUACAGGUGGCUCUCAGGGUGGAGCACGUGUCAUUACCCCGGAGGGCCCGUUCUCGGUGGAGGAGCUGACGUCAGACUCCAUCUUCUACGUCCAGGACGCCCAGCAGAGCGCCCCCCAGGACUCAGUCACAUUCUACAUCAGUGAUGGCUCCAGCCAGACUGAGGCCUUCAGCAUCCUGAUGGACAUUCAGAGCCAGGAGGACAGGCAGCCUGUAGUGUCUGUGAGCAGUGUUCAUGUCGAGGAGAACUCCGGGGUGGUCAUCACCAACUCCUCCUUCCACGUCCUGGACCACGACACUCCUGACAACGAGAUCGUCAUCACCAUCACCAAGAAACCCUCCUAUGGGAAGCUGCGGCGGCGCCAGUUCUACUCCCAGCCCCUGCUGGCGGGCCGCGUGCUGCCCCAGGGGGCCUCCUUCUCCUACCAGGACGUGCUGGAUCACCUGCUGGUGUAUACGCCUGACACCGCCACCGGGGGCAGCGACCAGCUGGGCUUCUCUUUGACCGAUGGGGUCCACACCGAGACUGGGACCCUGGAGUUCACCAUGGACCUGAGGAGGAGCGAAGGACCACGCAUGACCAUCAACCGCGGCCUGCAGCUGGCCUCAGGCUCGUCCUCCAAGAUCACUGAGCAGAACCUGAGGGGGACGGACAUGGACUCAGACAACCUGAAGCUGUCGUACGUUCUGACCCAGGACCCGUCCGCUGGACGUCUGCUACUGGGGCGGAGCGGCCACCAGGAGCCCAUCUCCACCAGCAGAACCCUGCGCAGCUUCACCCAGCAGGACGUCAACAAAGGCCUGCUGGAGUACAGACAUGAGAAGGGUGAGCCAGGAGGAAGUGUGUCCUUCAGGUUUGACCUGGUGGACCCAGACGGCAACAAGCUGCUGGCCCAGCCCUUCAUCAUCAGUGUGCUUGAGGACCGACUCCCCCCCUCAGUGCUGGUGAACAAGGGUCUGGUGCUGGAGGAGAACUCUGUGAAGAAGCUAACCACGCAGCAGCUGUCAUCCAGCGACCAGGACAGUGAGCCCAGCGAGCUGCUGUACCGCGUCACCAAGCAGCCGGCUCUGGGACGCCUGGAAUAUGUCGGGAACCCAGGAACGGGCAUCAGCAGUUUCACGCAGGCUGACCUGGCGUCUCGAGGGGUCCAGUACGUUCACACCAGCGAGGAGGAGAAGCACGCCGAUGAGUUUUCCUUCACCGUGUCGGACGGAGUUAACGAGGUGUCCCAAACGUUCUCCAUCACGCUGCGUCCGCUGGACGACUCCCUGCCGCUGCUGCGCAUCCCGGGGAUGAGGGUGCAGGAGGGCGUGAGGAAGACCAUCACAGAGUUUGAGCUGAAGGCCACAGACGCAGACACGGAGGAGGACUCUAUCAUCUUCACGGUGGUCCAGGCCCCGCGUCACGGCACCAUCGAGCGGACCAGCAGCGGGCAGCACUACAGACAGACCAGCAGCUUCUCCAUGGAGGACGUGUACCAGAACCGCGUCAGCUACAACCACGAUGGCAGCAACUCCCUCAAGGACCACUUCAGCUUCACUGUGGCAGACGGCACCAACCACUUCUUCAUGGUGGAGGACGACGGGAAGGAGGUCAUGACAGCUGCUCCUCAAAAGUUUAAGAUUGAGAUUCUCCCUGUAGACGACGGCACCCCUCGUAUCGUCACCAACCUGGGCCUGCAGUGGCUGGAGUACAUGGACAACAAGGCCACCAACCUGAUCUCCAAGAAGGAGCUGCUGACCAUGGACCCAGACACGGAGGAUGGCCAGCUGGUGUACCAGGUCACCACAGAGCCCAAACAUGGCUUCCUGGAGAGCAAGCUCAAACCUGGCUCCCCAAUCUCCACGUUCACUCAAGCCGACAUCAACCUGGGCCUGGUGCGCUACGUGCUGCGUCAGGAGGCCUCCCAGGAGACCAUGGACCUGUUCAGGUUUCUGGUGAAAGAUAGCAAGCCCAACGUGGUCCGAGACAACGUGUUCCACAUCCAGUGGUCUCUCAUCAGCUUCCAGCACAAGAGCUACAACGUGAGUGAGAAGGCAGGCACGGUGGCGGUGACGGUGAAGCGGACAGGGAACCUGAACCAGUACGCCAUCGUGCUGUGCCGCACAGAGCAGGGCAGCGCCACCGCAGGCCUGGGUGCCCGGCCCGGACAGCUAGACUACGUCGAGUAUGCUGGGCAGGUGCAAUUUGAUGAGCGUGAGGACACCAAGGUGUGCACCAUCAUCAUCAAUGACGACCAGGUGUUUGAGGGCGUGGAGAGCUUCCAGGUGGAGCUGAGCUUGCCUGCGUACGCACUGCUGGGUCAGGUGACGCGUGCCAGCGUCCUCAUCAAUGACACAGAGGACGAGCCCACGCUGCAGUUCCACAAGAAGACCUUCCACGCCAAUGAGAGCUCUGGCUUUAUCCACGUCCCUGUGGAAAGGACAGGUGACACGUCCAGCACGGUGUCAGCUGUGUGCUACACGGUGGGCCAGUCUGCCCAGGGCAGCAGCCUGCAGGGCCUGGAGUCUGGCUCCGACUUCCAGACCCGCGGCAUGACCCGGGACAGCCGCCUCAUCUUCGGCCCCGGCAUCAGCAUGUCCACCUGCGACGUGCGGCUGGUGGACGACAGCGAGUACGAGCUCUCAGAGGAGUUUGAGUUGGUGCUGGCAGACGCCUCCGACAACACCCGCAUGGGCGACAUCACCGUGGCCACCGUGGUCAUCGACGGGCCCAAUGACGCCUCCACCGUCUCCCUCGGCAACGCCACGUUCACAUUCAGCGAGGAUGCCGGCACCAUAGAGAUCCCGGUGCUGCGUCAGGGCAGUGAUGUCUCCUCGCUGGCGUCGGUGUGGUGUGCCACGCGCCCCUCCAGCCCCCCUUCUGCCACCCCCGGGGUCGACUACAUCCCCAGCUCCAAGAAGGUGGAGUUCAGACCCGGCACAACACAGGAGACGUGCAGCCUCACCAUCGUGGACGACAUCCAGAGCCCGGCCAUCGAGGGCUCAGAGUCCUUCAUCGUGUUCCUCAGCUCUCCACAGGGUGCCGUGCUGCUGGAGCCAUCACAGGCUGACGUCAUCAUCACAGACUCCUUCCAGGACAUUCCCAGCAUGCAGUUUGAGAAGACGUCGUACGUGGUGAAGGAGAGGGACAGCGUGCUGCACAUCCCCGUCCUCCGCUCCGGGGACCUGGCCGUCACCUCGUCCGUGCGCUGCUUCACACGCACCUCCUCCGCCAUGGUGAUGGACGACUUCCAGGAGCGGAGGAACGCAGACGAGUCCCGCAUCACCUUCCUGAAGGGGGAGAAGGUGAAGAACUGCACUGUCCACAUCAACGAUGACUCUGUCUUCGAGCCCGAGGAGGAGUUCCAGGUGCAUCUUGGGACGCCACUGGGAGAACACUGGACUGGCGCCAUGGUGGGCGUUAGCGACAUUGUCACGGUGACCAUCACCAACGACGAGGACGCACCCAGCGUCCAGUUUGAGCAGGCUUCCUACCAGGUGCGUGAGCCCCCUGGCCCGGACGGCGUGGAGGUUCUCAGCAUCAAGGUGUUCCGGCGGGGCGACCAGGACCGCACCUCCAAGGUGCGCUGCAGCACUAGGGACGGCUCCGCCCAGUCAGGCAUCGACUACAACCCCAAGAGCCGCGUGCUGAAGUUCACCCCGGGAAUGGACCACAUCCUGUUCAAGGUGGAGAUUCUGUCCAAUGAGGACCGGGAGUGGCAUGAGUCCUUCUCAUUGGUCCUGGGGCCCGAUGACCCUGUGGAGGCGGUGCUUGGAGAGAUCACCACGGCAACGGUCACCAUCCUGGACCAGGAGGCUGCAGGCAGUCUCAUCCUCCCGGCGACGCCCAUCGUGGUCUCCCUCGCUGACUAUGACAGCGUCCAGGAGGUCACCAAGGAGGGCAGUAAGAACACUGCCUCCCCAGGGUACCCACUGGUGUGUGUGACGCCCUGCGACCCCCACUACCCCGGGUUCCCGGUAACCCGGCAGCGCUGUGAGGAGGCUGGGAUCAACCAGACCUCCGUCCACUUCAGCUGGGAGGUGGCCGCGCCCACCGACGCCAGUGGGGCCCGCUCCCCCUUCGAGACCGUCACCGAUAACACACCUUUCACCAGCGUCAAUCACAUGGUGCUGGACAGCAUCUACUUCAGCCGCCGCUUCCACGUGCGCUGUGUGGCGCAGGCGCGGGACCGGGCGGGACACCCGGGCACCCCGCUGAGGAGCAACAUCCUCACCAUCGGCACCGACGGCUCCAUCUGCCACACCCCCGUCACCACAGGGACUGCCCGCGGCUUCCAGGCCCAGUCCUUCAUCGCCACGCUCAAGUAUCUGGACGUGAAGCACAAGGAGCACCCCAACCGGAUCCACAUCUCUGUGCAGAUCCCCCACCAGGACGGCAUGCUGCCCCUAGUGUCCACCAUGCCCCUCCACAACCUGCACUUCCUGCUGUCUGAGUCCAUAUACAGGCAGCAGCACGUCUGCUCCAAUCUGGUCACCCUCAAAGACCUGCAGGGGAUCUCUGAAGCGGGCUUCCUGGAUGACGUGUCGUUGGACAGCAUCUCUCUGGGCCCCGGCUACGACCGGCCGUACCAGUUCAACCCCAGCGUGCGUGAGCCCCGGAGCCUUCAGCUGUACAAGCACCUCAACCUGAAGAACUGCAUCUGGACGUUCGACGCCUACUACGACAUGACAGAGCUCAUCGACGUCUGCGGAGGGUCCGUCACGGCCGACUUCCAGGUGCGUGACUCGGCCCAGUCCUUCCUGACGGUGCAGGUUCCUCUGCAUGUGUCCUACAUCUAUGUUACUGCGCCGCGGGGCUGGGCCUCCCUGGAGCACCACACCGAGAUGGAGUUCUCCUUCUUCUACGACACCGUGCUCUGGAGGACCGGCAUCCAGACAGACAGUGUGCUCUCAGCCAGGCUGCAGAUCAUCAGGAUCUACAUCAAAGACGAUGGCCGACUGGUGAUAGAUUUCAAGACCCACGCCAAAUUCAGAGGUCAGUUCGUCCCAGAGCACCACACCCUGCCGGGGCACAAGUCCCAGCUGCUGGCUCCAGACCACCUGGGGGGGGUAGAGUUCCACCUGCAGCUUCUGUGGAGCGCCCAGUCCUUCGACUCCCCGUACCAGCUGUGGAGGGCCACCAGCUCGUACAGCAGGAAGGACUACUCUGGGGAGUACACGGUGUUCCUGCUCCCCUGCACGGCCCAGCCCACCCAGCCCUGGCUGGACCCGGGGGACAAGCCCCUGUCCUGCACUGCCCACGCCCCCGAGAAGUUCCUGGUGCCCAUCGCCUUCCAGCAGACCAACCGCCCAGUCCCCGUGGUCUACUCCCUCAACACAGAGUUUCAGCUGUGCAACAACGAGAAGAUCUUCAUGCUGGACCCAGCCUCAGCAGACAUGUCCGUGGCUGAGCUGGACUACAAGGGGGCCUUCUCCAUGGGUCAGACCCUGUAUGGCAGGGUGCUGUGGAACCCGGAGCAGAACCUGAACGCAGCCUACAAGCUGCAGCUAGAGAAAGUGUACCUGUGUACGGGCCGAGACGGCUACGUGCCGUUCUUUGACCCCACAGGAACCCUGUACAACGAGGGGCCUCAGUACGGCUGUAUCCAACCCAACAAGCACCUCAAACACAGGUUCCUGCUGCUGGAUCGCAAGCAGCCAGACGUGUGUGACAGGUAUUUCCACGAUGUCCCCUUCGAGGCCAACUUUGCGUCGGAUGUUCCCGACCUGCAGGCCAUGACAGGCAUGCCAGGUGUGGACGGCUUCACCCUGAAGGUGGAUGCUCUGUACAAGGUGGAGGCGGGGCAUCAGUGGUACCUGCAGGUGAUCUAUGUCAUCGGGCCAGAGUCUAUCUCUGGUCCCCGGAUCCAACGCUCGCUUAGCUAUCAGCUGGCCCGUGUCCAUGGCAACACUGGUGCCCAUGGCAACGGCCGCCCUCGCCGCGACCUGGUGGACCGCAGCGGGCGGCUGACGCUGGACGAGUCGCUCAUUUACGACAACGAAGGCGACCAGGUGAAGAACGGCACCAACAUGAAGACCCUCAGGCUGGAGGUGGAGGCCUCCGCGACCUUUAACCCCCAACUGGGCAGCUCUGUGGGCGGGGGCAUCGCCGCGGUGACCCUGCUGGUGCUGGUGCUGCUGGCCUUCUGCUUGCUGUUCAGGAAGUGCCGGCGGUCCGGGAGGAAGAAGAAGAGCGCUCCCAAGAUGGCGGAGGAGUACCCCCUCAACACCAAGGUGGAGGUUUGCCUGGAGAAGUGCCUGGAGAAGAACUUCAGCACCAAGCACUGCACGGUGCGCAACAUCAACAUCCUGAACCGCACCCAGGACAUCAGCGGAAAGGUCAACGGUAAGGUCAACGCUGGGGUCAAGGUCAAGCAGGUCAACCUGGAGGUCAAACUCCAGAACAACUUGAACGAUGGCACUGAAGUCUGAUCCAACCCUUGUAACUCCUGCCGAGAACGGAGGAAGAGGUUUUUAAGUGAAAACGAAAGGAAAUUGUAUUUUCUAAAAUAUUGUUUGUUAUUAUGGAAUUCUUUGUUAAUGUAUUUUUAUACAAGAUUAAAAAGGGAAAGUGUCCGAGCUAUUCAGCAUCAGAAUAAUUUCACAACUGAGCUACCUCAGGAAUCAAGACAAUCCACUAUCAAACACCAUGCCCCACCAUUGUGUGAAGUUAGGUUGUACAAGCUUUCAUUUUCAACUUUGCCAUCCGACAACAAUUUAUUCAAGUCAGCAGAAGUGUUUUGUUCUUCGACUUGUCCUCGGUAGCUCAGGCUCCAGAUCGUUUUUUGAUGAAUGGUUCAGUUUCUCAGCGUAUUUCAUUUGAGUGCUAACAAUAAUGAACCACUUUGAAAGUAUUAAGCCUGUGUGGGUUAAUGGGGUGGAAAAGGAAAUCCAUUCAAGUGCAAUUACACCAGAAUCCCUCCUCAUAUGCAGUUAUGAUCUUGAAGCCUUAUGUAUUUUUUUAACAUAUGUUGCAAUGUAUUGUAGUACAAGUUUUACUUGAAGCUGACCAUGAAUAACAAAAGCUGCCCAAAAAAGUGCCAUGUAGUAUUUGAUCUUUCAUGCAUUUCAAAUAUCCAAACAGAUCAUCCAAAGUGUUGUUCAAGGGUAUCCAAUUUGACCAUAGGGAACAUUAUUAUUGUUGGCUAACCAUGAUGAGAAAAACACGCAUUUUGAUUAACUGCACUUUUGAUUACUUCUGGAGGUUGUACAAUGUAUGUAGCCCACUCACUCUGCAGUACUGUAACUCUAUACUGGAUAUAUUGGGGUAUUUUCUACAAUAUUCGACUGCUGUUUAUGCCUACGUUGUGCUUUCUCCUCAUGUACAUACCAGUUCAGUCCAACAUCAACGAUAUUCUUUUACUGACAUAGUUUCCAUUAUUAUGUUAUGUUUCAUUACAUUGUGUAUUUUCCAAUAUUACCCUCAUAUCAUGUAUUAUGUAUUAUGGUUUAUCUUCAGUUUUCUCAAUAGUCUGUUGAAUGAUCAACACAGUGUGCUUGAGGUGAGAUGACUGGUUUGACGGUUGAUUUCCAAAACCCAACAUCUCACUGCACUGAAUGUUCUGAAUCACUCCAUGUUGUUUGCUCUCUCUCCAUUUCUCUCUCUGUUCAUAAUACUUUGUGCCUAUCAAAAAACCCUGUGGGAAGUUGGGGAGAUAGCAUUAUUUUGGUGCUAUCAUUUGAUGGAAAUAAUUACAAUACUGUCAGUAUGAUACCUGUAUUUGGUGCCUUUUAAGUAAUAAAAAAAUAUAA